UCAGGAAGCCGUACGAAACCCCGCCCAAGUGCUCAGUUCCCUGUCAGGUCGGCUGCAGCAGCAUAUAAAGCGUCGCUGCCUGUAACUCCCACAGUCUGUGAGAAACAGAGAUCUUGUUACCAUGUCCGGACGCGGCAAAGGAGGAAAAGGUUUGGGGAAGGGCGGCGCCAAGCGGCACAGGAAGGUACUGCGGGAUAACAUCCAGGGCAUCACCAAGCCCGCCAUCCGCCGCCUGGCACGGAGAGGGGGAGUCAAGCGCAUCUCUGGCCUCAUCUAUGAGGAGACUCGGGGGGUCCUCAAGGUUUUCCUGGAGAAUGUCAUCCGGGACGCCGUCACCUACACCGAGCACGCCAAGAGGAAGACCGUUACCGCCAUGGAUGUGGUGUACGCUCUCAAGCGCCAGGGCCGCACUCUCUACGGCUUCGGGGGCUGAAUGUCCCACUGCCCUCUCAUUCUCUACCCAAAGGCUCUUCUCAGAGCCCC